UAAAAGUCUGACUAUUUUAGAGGGGAAACAUAUUUAACCUUUUUUUAUACUCCAAAGUGACAAAUACUAGGGAGUAGAUGAUCGAAAUUGAGCCAAAGAACCCACAAAGAAAGAGCCAUGGCGGAAGGCAGAGGAGAGGGGAAGAAGCGGGUGGUGGUGGAGUCGUUGGGAUGGCUGACGGAAUCCUCCAUCAUGCCGAGGAAACACCGCGUCAUCCACGGCGUUGGGCCGUCGUCAAUCAUCGAUCUCAAGGCUCAGCUCUACAAGUCCCAGGAGGAGUCCAAACGCCUCUCCAAGGAAACAAUCUCCGCCACCGACCCGAAAUAUUCACACCUUCAAGUCCACCGCGCAAAGGAUAAAAUUUCCCCCCACGACCCCUUCUCCGGCAAGAAUUCCGGCGUUGAUGCUCGAGCUACCAAGGACAAGCUUGAGCUGAAAGCUGCCAAUGAUGGGACAAAUAGCUAUGCUGCUUUGGAGAAAAAAGCUGAGCUGUAUGAUAAACUCGUGAGGGGCGAGCUUUCUGAUGAAGAAGAUAAAGAGAAAUACUGUGUUGAUUUCUUCCGCAAAGGCAUAGAGCAAGAAGACUCGACAAAACAGUCUCAACUGCAGCAUGAUACUUCAUGCUCAGAAACACCUGAUGAAGAUCAUGGCUCUAUGCCGACUGAUAAUAUAAAACCUCUGGGAUUUGGGCGUGUUUCAGGCACAAUAGACAGAAGUGAGCAUAAGCGGUUUGUUAAGGAAGUGCAUGAAGAAGCGAGUGAGGCUAGGCAAAAAGCAUCUGAACUGAAAAUGUGCAGGGAAGAACAAGUUGCUGCGCGUAGAGAGAAACUGAAGCAGGCGUAUCUCAAGAAGCAGCGCGAGAAAUUGAUCGCUCAAGCCAAAGCAGCACAAUCACAAUGAUAAUAAAAAGUAAAGACGGUUGCAAAUAUGGUGAAGUUUAAGGUGGUUCCCGUCUUGAAGGUCAAAAGGUUAGAAGCCAUGGCUUACGGCACGCAGAUAUGGUCUUCUUUCACUGAUGUGUUGUUGGCCUUGCUGAGCUUAUUCCAUUUCACUUUCAAUCACAUCUGAGAUGGUCACACCAUGUAUAGAGUGAUGCACCCAAAGUUUGAGCUUCAAUUUUUUUCUUUACACUGAAUUGGAGGAUCUGAUUCAGUGUUUUUGUGCACAACAUAAAACUUCGGGUGCUAUUUGGUAAAAUGUAAUGAAAUGGAUUGUACGGAGUAAUUGAAGCUGUGUUUAAAUUGACAUAAGUAAUGUUGUAGG